GCUCUGAUGAUCCACAGUUACAGUUACAUUUACAUCUGAGCAGCUGGUUUUUUGACAGACUUUUGAGAGUAGAUUAACCAAGAUGAUGCCCAGUCAGUGCCUUUCACUUGUUUUUCUUUUCACUAUUUUACAAGUAGUAGCUGGCACGGAUGUCUCCAUCAUAGGAGGCAAGGAAGCCAAAAAGCUGAAGCCGUGGCUGGUGUCCAUACAACUCAAGCACCGACAUGUGUGUGGAGGAACUUUGAUUCAUGAGCAGUGGGUUUUGACAGCUGCGCACUGCAAAAACUUUUUAAAACCUAUUAAAUCAGUGACGGUCCUUUUAGGGGCUCUGUCCCUGAAAAACAGCAAAAACACUCAGCGCAUUAAAGUCCAAAGUUAUGAGAUCCCACAGAAAUUCAGUGUGGAAACUAAGCAAAACGACAUCAUGCUGUUGAAGCUCCAAGAAAAGGUCCAGCUUAAAAGAAAAAACGUGAAAGUGAUUCGGCUCCCUAAAUCAGGCAAGGACAUCCCAACUGGAACUAAAUGUGAAGUGAGUGGAUGGGGAACCACUAGUGUGGAAGUUGUCAGAUCAUCCGAUAUGCUGCGAGAAGUGGAGGUUGAGGUGGUGAGCAGGGAGCUGUGCAACUGCUACUACGACAAAAAACCUUUCAUCACUCAGGACAUGCUGUGUGCAGGGAACAAGGAGCAGAAGAAAGACGCAUGCUGGGGUGAUUCUGGUGGUCCUCUCAUUUGUCAGAAAAGCAUGGUGGGGCUGGUGUCAGGGGGAAAUGGAUGCGGGGAUCCUCAAAAACCUGGUGUCUACACUCUUCUCUCCAAGAAACACCUUUUCUGGAUCAACACCAUACUUAAAAAACAAUGAAACAGCACAGCUCUGUACAUCUGACCAGCUUCAGAGUGACAUAUUCAACUCAUGCUUCCAUGUUUUGGUGAUAUGCCUUGCGUAUACAUGAUGUUUAGAUGCAUGCUUUCUGUUUUUCUGUUACAGUUCUUUGCAGAGUGCACUUUUUUCAAUAUGGAGUUAUGUAAUGACUAAAGUUUGGGAGGAGGACCAAACCUGAAUCUCCUUUUUCUUUUUAUCUAACUUCCUACAAAUUUCCACCCGUUUCCUAUGGUGAAGUUUUCGAACACCACCAUUUUCGUAUCUCCCCUCUGUUCCUCUGUUCUGUCUCUCAUACAUCUCAAGGGGGGGUCUUGCCUUCUAGUUCUUAGAGCUCCCUCUCCUCUUAUAGUCCCACAGUCUCAUCUUACACUAUGACUAUGUGUCGAAGACCUGAUCCGAACCCUCCACAAUAGGUUUUUCCUUUACAAGAAAAUGUCCUAGUGUAAGUUGAUCUUUGUAUACUUAUGCAGUUUUACCUUACAUAAACUGCUGUCCUUCUCAAG